AUGCCCUCCGAGUCGCUCGCCCUCGGCUCGUUCCUCAAAGAGGAGGACCUCGUGCACCUGCACGACGUCCUUGAGUCGCACGGCGGGCUUGCCGAGCUCGCCUCAAUGCUGAGCGCCAACCGCGUCCUCUUCUUGGCGCGGCUCAAGGAGUGGGGCGUCAGCCGCCUCGUCGAGCGGCAGCGAGUGGCGAACGGGCUCGCCCGCGCGAUCAAGGCGGGACGCGUUGGCACGGUCGCCGCAACGCCACACCUGGCACCGUGCACGUGGACGCAGACGGACGACUGCUUGGUCGCUCGGCUCGCGAUACCCGCGGGGACGCCUUCCUCUGCCGUGGCCGUCUCGUUCGAGGUGAACGCGAUGGAUAUUCGCGUGCACGGCGAGGCGUCGUCGAUGUGCGGCCGCCUCCACGGCGUGGUCAAGCCCAGCGAUUGCACGUGGGAGCUCGAGCGCGCGCCUCCGGCCGAGCCGGCGAUGUUUGAGCUGCGGGCCGACCAGCAGCCGCACGACGAGGUCGUCGUCACGCUCGCAAAGGGAAAGGCGGGCGCGGAGUGGGGCGGCCUCUUCGCCUCCGGGGUGGGCAUGUCCUCCAAGCGCGAGAAGCCGCCGCCGCCGCCGGAGAAGCCGAAGCCCGCGCCGCCGCCGCCGCGGGCGGGCGGCGGAGUCGGCGGAGUCGGGUUCGUGCAGCGAAAGCUCAAGCUGGGCGAGAGAGGGGGCGGCAACGGGGGCGGCGGGGGCGAGGCGAGAGGCGGCGCGCGGUCCGGCAAAGCGGUGCGCUCCCUCCCCGCGCGCGACCACUGGGAGGGCGAGCGUGCGCGGUACGUGUGGAGGACGGGGUGCGGCCAGCUGAGGUGCGAGACCGAGUCGCCUCCGCCGGUCGAGGGGCACGGCGCCGAGUCGGGCGGCGGGCCGCUGUUUUGGUGGCGAGAGACGGCGGCCGAGGCGUCGCUCGACCUCGAGGUGGACGGCAUCCCCUCCCCGUGGAGCGGCGCCCUCUGCGGCCGCGCCCUCCCCGCGGGCUGCUCCGCCGCGGUGCUGCCUCCGGCACAGGGCUGCGAGGCGGACCACUCUCUGCUGCAGCUCACGGUGGCGAAGGCGGACGAGGGGCCUUCGGCGCGGUACUGGCGCGCGCCCUUCCGCGACCUGCUCCCGCUCGUCGAGGCGCGCGAGCGGCUCGCCGAGCACGCGCCCCGCGGCUCGCUGCUACACACGCCCGACUCUGGCUGGCAGAGCGGCCAGACCUCGGACGCGUUCGAGGUGCUGAUGCCGCUCUCUGCAGACGUCUCCACGGUCGAGGAUGCAGACAGGCUGCUGCGUGUCGCGGUGACGGCUCGCUCGGUGAGCGUGCACGUGGCGGGGCAGCCGGACGCGCCUCUGCUCGCGGGGGAGACGCACGGCAAGCUGCUCGUCGGAGGCUGCUCGUGGAGGCUGGCCCGCUCGAAGGUGCGCGGCUGGCGGGGCGAGCCUCUGCAGCAGCUCGAGCUCCACCUCGCCAAGGACACCGCCUCUGCAGGGCCGGGCGGCCACUGGCCGGACCUCUUCUCGACCGAGUACUCGUGUGACUACGCGCUCGUCUACGCCAAGAAGAAGAACGACGGCGAAGCGCCGAACUCGGUCUCCUUCACGGCGACGCAGAGCGGCGACGUCAUCGUCCAGCUGCACCCGCACUCCCAGCUCGAGCGCGCUGUCCGCCAUGAGCGGCAGGCGCAGGCCACGGAGCCGCCUACGAGCGCGAGCCCUGCGGCGCCGCCAGCCCCUGCCGCCGCGCCGCCAGCCGCGGAGCCGGCGUCCACCAAGACGUACGCCGCAGCAGCCGCAUCGCACCCGCAGGGUGCCACCGCGGGUGGCCAGCCCGCCGCGUCUGCGGGCCCGGCCGCCGCCGCGCGCGUGCCGCCGCCCAGCGGCGGCGGAGUGCGCGGCUGCACCUUCACUGUCCCCGACCCGGGCAGGAAGCACGGGCGGCAGCAGCACGGCAAGGGCCACACCAGCGGCCGCGCCCAAUCCGGACCCCGGCUCGACAAAAACGCGCUUUCUGCGCGUGGCGGCGGGCCCUCACGCCUGAGGAGAUCUCGACCCAGUCGAGACGUCGUUGAAGCUUCAAGUUGA